ACUCGCAUAAUUUGUAGGUAAAUCUUCAAACUAGUCCUGCAGUUAUUAAUGCCACUUUAAAUUACUCUUGAUUUGGUUUUGACCUCACAAUAACAUAGCUCGCUAUGCUGUGGGAAGGGAACAGCUGUGUCAUCGUAUUUAAAAGAGAGCCUGAGAGGAAGAAACGCGAGUCCAUCUGGAGCAGGUACUGAUAUAUUCCAUACUGCUGAGUCUUCCAGCAGCAAAUGAAAAAUAUGUAUUUAUUCCUCCUUUCCAUUUUACCUUUGCUUUGGAAAGUCACUGGCACCCAAGAUGCUAUAUAUGGUCAUAAUAAUUUCACAGAAUAUCAAGUGGGCAACAUGAACCUCAUUCUCUCUGUCCCGCAUGGUGGGUCAAUGGAACCUAAAGACAUCCCUGAUCGAGACGCUGCCUGUUGGGAUGAGAAGACAUCCUCUUGUAUUUUCUCUCAUAACUGUCCUCCUGGAAGUAUUCAAAAUUCCAAGAAAUGCAAAGUGUCUACCAACCAAGACAGGUAUACUAUAGAGGUGGCUCAGGCACUUGCUGAAGAAAUCAACAACAUUACUGGUGGCUUUUUCCCACAUAUCAUCAUAAACCACCUACAGAGGUUCAAGAUGGAUGCUAACAGGGAAAAGGAAGAAGCCUGCUUUGGAAUUCCCCAAGCAGAACAGGCCUGGGAGGACUAUAUGGGAUUUUUGACCACUGCAAAAUCACACAUGUCAGGGGGCCUAAUUCUGGAUAUCCACGGACAAGCACAUCCUGAAAAGUGGAUAGAACUAGGUUACACACUUUCAAAAACUUCCCUUAACUCAGGUGUCUUUUCUGCAUCCAACUCCUCAAUUAGCUAUCUGGCCAGUCAGCUGGUGAAUGUGUCUUCUGAGACUUUGGUUGCAGGGAACAGAAGUUUGGGUAAAUACAUUGAAGAACAAAAUAAGAGUUAUGUUUGUGUGCCUUCUCCAUCCAAUCCUAGCCCAAAUAAUGGAAACUAUUACAGUGGUGGGUACAUAACAAAGACUUUUGGCUCCCGCAGUUCUGGCACCAUUGAUGCCAUUCAGCUUGAACUGCCCCAGCGGGUGAGGGCAGCUGAAGAGCGUCACAGAUUUACUUGA